AGAACACAAACGAUCACAAGCAAAGGAAAGUAUAGAGAGAUAAAUAAUUAAAAAAUUAAAAAAAUAAUAAUAAUAAGAGCAGCGAAAUCAACGACGUUGUUUCUUGCGAGUGUUAAUUUCAAAAAUAUGGGAAUCAUCCAAUACGAUCCAAUCUAUUCUCUCUGCAAAAUUUCUUCCCCCUUCCGUCGUUUCCCACGCGCCACCGCUCCUUUCCGUAUUAGAGCCUUCUCCACCACCGUCCACGAUAAGCCUUCCAUUUGCACCGCCGACGAACUUCACUAUGUCUCCGUUUCCAAUUCCGAUUGGAAGCUUGCCCUAUGGCGCUACCAUCCUUGUCCCAAGGCACCUCCCAGAAAUCAUCCUCUACUGCUAUUAUCUGGAGUGGGGACUAAUGCUGUUGGGUAUGACCUUUCGCCUCAGUCAUCCUUUGCCCGUCACAUGUCUGGGCAGGGAUUCGAGACUUGGAUUCUUGAAGUACGGGGAGCUGGGUUGAGUGUUCAGGGUUUAGAUUCCAAAGAUAUUGAACAGUCUGCCCAUGCAAUGUCUGAGAAGAUGGAAGAUAUGAUGGAAAAUGCAACUAAUGGAUCCAUAUCGUCAAAAAAGGAAUUGGAUAACAUAUCUGGUGAUGUGUCCAAUUCUGCCUCAGGAGUAGAAACAGAGAAUGUGGCUGUCAUAGGAGACCUAGCUAGAUUUGCUACUGCUUGGGAUGAAUCAAAGUUGGUCGCUAGUUUGACUGAAACUUUUACACGUUUGUCAGAAAGAGUCUCUGGUUUUCUUGGUGAAAGUCAAGCGAAGGUCAUGUCUGCCAAAUUUUUUGAUCAGAUUUCGAAACUUUUGGUGGAUUCUCAAUUAUAUGAACAAUUCAAUGAGGUAAGGGGAAAUCUUGCAACUUUGUUGGAAACGAGACAAAAUUCUGGCAUUACUAGUCAAAUAACAGAGUUGAGUGAAAAGCUAGUAGAUAUUAUUGAGGCAGGUCAGCUAUCCGUUUCGCCUCCCUUAUUUGAUUUGCAAGCUCGCUUUACGUCUACAAUAGAAGAUUUUCAGAAGCAAUUGGACUUGAUGGUGAAGUACAAUUGGGACUUUGAUCAUUACUUGGAAGAAGAUGUUCCUGCAGCGAUGGAAUACAUUUUGAAACAAAGCAUAACAAAAGAUGGGAAAUUGCUUGCAAUUGGACACUCCAUGGGUGGCAUUUUGCUAUAUUCAAUGCUGUCACGAUUUGGUUCUGAAGGAAAAGAAUCCAGAUUGGCUGCAGUAGUUACCCUUGCAUCAUCUCUGGACUACACAUCAUCCAAAUCAACCUUGAAGUUACUCUUGCCACUCGCAGAUCCUGCACAGGCUCUGAGUGUCCCUGUUGUUCCUUUAGGGGCAUUGUUGGUAGCAGCUUAUGAGGUUUCAUCUCGUUCACCAUAUGCACUGUCAUGGUUAAAUACUUUGAUUUCAGCUGAGGGCAUGAUGGAUCCUGAUUUAUUUAAAAGGCUAGUCUUGAAUAACUUCUGCACCAUACCUGCAAAACUUCUCUUACAACUCACAACUGCAUUUCGAGAGCGUGGUUUAUGUGAUAGGAAUGGGACAUUUUUUUACAAGGACCAUCUACACAAAAGCAACGUACCUAUUUUAGCUAUUGCUGGAGACAAGGAUCUGAUUUGCCCACCCGAAGCCGUGGAAGAUACUAUUAAACUAAUUCCUGAGCACCUAGUUACCUAUAAACUUUUUGGAGAUCCUGAAGGCCCGCAUUAUGCUCAUUAUGAUUUGGUUGGAGGAAGACUGGCAGUGGAGCAAGUAUAUCCUAGUAUAAUUGAAUUUCUUAGUUGUCACGACGAGAAAUGACGAACACCAAUCUCCAUCAAAUACAUUCUUCUAUGGUCAUGCUUGAUAAUCAUUCCUAACAGGUACAUUAUUCGUUGCAGAAAGUUAAAAGAAUUCAUAUCUCUUUCGAGUUUCGUGCAUUCUGAAGGCGCUGAAUUACUACCAAAGAUAUAUAGUUACAGAAAUUACAAGUCCAUAGUCCUUUAGAAAAAAUUUCAGCAUUAUUGCUGAUUUGUUGUAAUAUUCAUGUACAGAACAUCUUACAAGUUUCCUGAAUGUAUAUUGGCCUAUUUAAGUUCAAAUACAAAAUUUUAGGAGGUGUUUUGGUUU